AUGUCGUCUUCACGCUUUCUCAUUUCGAUCGUGCUGCUGGCAUCGUUACUAGCGAUAGCAUUAGCAGCAAUGAGAAGUCGAAGUAUAAUAAUUGGCGCACGUCUCAAAGGCGAUCACUUGAUCCAACGCGAGACACUAAAAGUACCGUCGAAGCUUCUGCGCGUGGUCAAGGAUAGAAGAACUUACUCUGGUGACAAACGCAGUCGCAUUACUCAAGUGCGUCUACUCGAUCAAAAUAAAAAGGGUAGUGGUGCCGUUGCUACCGUUGCUGCAGGUGGACCCGGACAAAAAUACGUUACGGUAGAUUUCAAGAGUGUCUCUGGGCACAGCAUUGAUUACAUUAUCGAACUUUACGGCAGACAGUGA